GAGAAGACUCCAGGGCGAGGGUACCUCCGAGCGUUAGAAGCCCGGGCAGGAAGCGCGGAGAGAGGGCAGUCUUCACCCUGUGUUGGUGGUCGUCUCGCCCGUCGCACCCUGCGAGGCAAGCCCCGCCCCCGCCCCACCGCCCCGCCCAGGCCCGCAGAGCGGCUGCAGCGCGAGGGCGGAGAGGCAGAGCGCCGAGCGAGGACCAGACGCCCAGGUCGACCGCAUCUCCGUGCCGCAGCAGGCUGAAAGCGCGCCCCGGCCUUGCUCCCCCUGCCUUCGUGUGGGCCUCCCGGCUGCUUUCGGCCCCAGAGACCGAGCACCUGUCUUCCGCCCCAGCCUUAGCCGAGCGCCCCCUCCUCCGGAGCACACCACCCUUGCAGCCUGAUAAGUGCCCCAGCCCUACGUCGGCGACCACCAUGGCGGAGACCAACAACGAAUGCAGCAUCAAGGUGCUCUGCCGAUUUCGGCCUCUGAACCAGGCCGAGAUCCUGCGGGGGGACAAGUUCAUCCCCAUUUUCCAAGGAGAUGACAGCGUCGUUAUUGGGGGGAAGCCAUAUGUCUUUGACCGUGUAUUUCCCCCGAACACGACUCAGGAGCAAGUUUAUCAUGCAUGUGCCAUGCAGAUUGUCAAAGAUGUUCUUGCUGGCUACAAUGGCACCAUUUUUGCUUAUGGACAGACAUCCUCAGGGAAAACACAUACCAUGGAGGGGAAGCUGCAUGAUCCCCAGCUGAUGGGAAUCAUUCCUCGGAUUGCCAGGGACAUAUUCAACCACAUUUACUCCAUGGAUGAAAACCUUGAGUUCCACAUCAAGGUUUCUUAUUUUGAGAUUUACCUGGACAAAAUUCGUGAUCUUCUGGAUGUGACCAAGACAAACCUGUCUGUGCAUGAGGACAAGAACCGGGUGCCAUUCGUCAAGGGUUGUACUGAACGCUUUGUGUCCAGCCCAGAGGAGAUACUCGAUGUGAUUGAUGAGGGAAAAUCAAAUCGUCAUGUGGCUGUCACCAACAUGAAUGAACAUAGCUCUCGAAGCCACAGCAUCUUCCUCAUCAACAUCAAGCAGGAGAAUGUGGAGACAGAGCAGAAGCUCAGUGGGAAGCUGUAUCUUGUGGACCUGGCAGGGAGCGAAAAGGUCAGCAAAACUGGAGCCGAGGGAGCUGUGCUGGAUGAAGCAAAGAAUAUCAACAAGUCGCUGUCUGCCCUGGGAAAUGUGAUCUCCGCACUGGCUGAGGGCACUAAAAGCUAUGUUCCAUAUCGUGACAGCAAAAUGACACGGAUCCUCCAGGACUCUCUGGGAGGAAACUGCCGGACGACUAUGUUCAUCUGCUGUUCACCAUCCAGUUACAAUGAUGCAGAGACCAAGUCCACCCUGAUGUUUGGGCAGCGGGCAAAGACCAUUAAGAACACUGCUUCAGUGAAUCUGGAGUUGACUGCUGAGCAGUGGAAGAAGAAAUAUGAGAAGGAAAAGGAAAAGACCAAGGCCCAGAAGGAGACAAUUGCAAAGCUGGAGGCUGAGCUGAGCCGGUGGCGCAAUGGAGAGAAUGUGCCUGAGACAGAGCGCCUGGCUGGGGAGGACGCAGCCCUGGGAGCCGAGCUGUGUGAGGAGACCCCUGUGAAUGACAACUCCUCCAUCGUGGUGCGCAUUGCGCCUGAGGAGCGGCAGAAAUAUGAGGAGGAGAUCCGCCGCCUCUACAAGCAGCUUGACGACAAGGAUGAUGAAAUCAACCAGCAGAGCCAGCUCAUCGAGAAGCUCAAACAGCAGAUGCUGGACCAGGAGGAGCUGCUGGUAUCCACUCGAGGAGACAAUGAGAAGGUCCAGAGAGAGCUGAGCCACUUGCAGUCGGAGAAUGAUGCUGCAAAGGACGAGGUGAAGGAAGUGUUGCAGGCCCUAGAAGAGCUGGCAGUGAACUAUGAUCAGAAGUCCCAGGAGGUGGAGGAAAAGAGCCAGCAAAACCAGCUUCUGGUGGAUGAGCUGUCCCAGAAGGUGGCCACCAUGCUGUCUCUGGAGUCUGAGUUGCAGCGGCUCCAGGAGGUCAGUGGACACCAGCGAAAGCGAAUUGCUGAGGUGCUGAAUGGGCUGAUGAAAGACCUAAGUGAAUUCAGUGUCAUCGUGGGCAAUGGUGAGAUUAAGCUGCCAGUGGAGAUCAGUGGAGCCAUCGAGGAGGAGUUCACUGUGGCCCGACUCUACAUCAGCAAAAUCAAAUCAGAGGUGAAGUCGGUGGUGAAGCGGUGUCGACAGCUGGAGAACCUGCAGGUGGAAUGUCAUCGAAAGAUGGAAGUGACUGGCCGGGAGCUUUCAUCCUGUCAGCUCCUCAUCUCGCAGCAUGAGGCCAAGAUCCGCUCACUUACGGAAUACAUGCAGAGUGUGGAGCUGAAGAAGCGGCACCUAGAAGAAUCUUAUGACUCCCUGAGUGAUGAACUGGCCAAGCUCCAGGCCCAGGAAACGGUGCAUGAAGUGGCUCUGAAGGACAAGGAGCCAGACACACAGGAUGCAGAUGACGUGAAGAAGGCCCUGGAGCUGCAGAUGGAGAGUCAUCGGGAGGCUCAUCACCGGCAGCUGGCCAGGCUCCGGGAUGAGAUCAACGAGAAGCAGAAGACCAUUGAUGAGCUCAAAGACCUGAAUCAGAAGCUCCAGUUAGAGCUGGAGAAACUCCAGGCUGAUUACGAGAAGCUGAAGAAUGAAGAACAUGAGAAGAGCACCAAGCUUCAGGAGCUGACAUUUCUGUACGAGCGACAUGAGCAGUCCAAGCAGGACCUCAAGGGUCUGGAGGAGACAGUUGCUCGUGAACUCCAGACCCUCCACAAUCUUCGCAAGCUGUUUGUUCAAGACGUCACGACUCGAGUCAAGAAAAGUGCAGAAAUGGAGCCCGAGGACAGUGGGGGGAUUCACUCCCAAAAGCAGAAGAUUUCCUUUCUUGAGAACAACUUGGAACAGCUUACAAAGGUUCACAAACAGCUGGUACGUGACAAUGCAGAUCUGCGUUGUGAGCUUCCUAAACUGGAAAAACGACUUAGGGCUACGGCUGAGAGAGUUAAGGCCCUGGAGGGUGCACUGAAGGAGGCCAAGGAAGGUGCCAUGAAGGACAAGCGCCGGUACCAGCAGGAGGUGGACCGGAUCAAGGAGGCUGUGCGGUACAAGAGCUCGGGCAAGAGAGGCCAUUCUGCCCAGAUUGCCAAGCCUGUGCGGCCUGGCCACUACCCAGCAUCCUCCCCCACCAACCCUUAUGGCGCCCGGAGCCCCGAGUGCAUCAGUUACACCAACAGCCUUUUCCAGAACUACCAGAAUUUGUACCUGCAGGCUGCACCUAGUUCCACCUCAGAUGUGUACUUUGCUAACUCUGGUACCAGUAGUGGAGCCUCAUCUUCUGGUGGCCCCUUGGCUUCAUAUCAGAAGGCCAACAUGGACAACGGAAAUGCCACAGAUAUCAACGACAAUAGGAGUGACCUGCCAUGUGGCUAUGAGGCUGAGGACCAGGCCAAGAUUUUCCCUCUCCACCAAGAGACAGCAGCCAGCUAAUCUCCCACAGGACGAUGGCUGCAUACUUGCACUUUCAGUUUCUAAGAGGGACUGAGGCCUCUUCUCUCAGCAUGCUGCCAACCUGUGGUCUCUGAUACUAACUCCCUCCCCAGCCCCUGUUGUUGGACUGUACUGUUGGAUGUCUUCUCUUACUUACUCUGUAUUUCUUUGUACUCUGUAUCUAUAUAUCAGAAGCUGCUGCUAUGUUUCUCCUCUCUGUCCCGCUCUCUAAGUAUUUAAUAAUGUAUUUAGCAAUUUCUAAGCAUAGUCUACCCUCCUCAUUUGGGACAAUAGAGAGGAGGGGAAAUGUUUCUGCUUUCUCUCAUACACUCUUCUCUCACACUGAGUGAUGUUAAUCACUGAGCAGAGGUCACAGAGAUGAUAAAAGAAGAAAUGGGAACUGGAGGGCUAUGAUCCUUCUGUCUCUCACACACAUCCACACAUAUACACAUGUACAUACAAAGCCUUAAGUAGAAGAAUGUCAGCACCCUCAGAAGACAGAAAUAUAUUCUUCCUUCCUCCUUUUUCGUGAAUAAUACAGAGGAGGGUGAAAUGGAAGGGCUUCUAAAUUAUAUACAAAUAAUUUUCUUCAUACACCUCUCACCCGAAUCAAGAGAUCCCAGGUAUUUACCUCUGUCCUACAGAGUCUGCCUUUUGCCUCCUUCUCCCUGUUUUUCCCUGGACUGAGAAACAUGGAUUGUUCAAGGGAGGUUUCCUUUUCUCGUCCAAGGCCCUUUUAAUACUCUGUAUCCUAGAUCUCAUGACUAGAACUCAGAGUUGAUUAAAGAUAUUUUGAAGAAAUGAGACAGACCCCUCCCAAUAACCUGUCAAAUGGCUGCUCAUCUGUGGUGAUAGUAACAGGCAAGUGUCAUCAGAAUGAUUGAUUCCUUGGGUCUAGAGAAUGAACUAGCUGGAAGUUGCUAAGUGUUUUUGUUUGUUUUUUUCUUUUUGUCACAGUACCCUCAGGUUGAAGGCAAUGAGCUGGAUUUCUUUCUCCCAUAUUGGGUCUCAUGUUCUUCCUUUCUCUGCCUUUUGGUUUGGGGCUUCCAGUUCAUUGGCAAAAUAGCUCUCUCUAGAUGCUUUUCUUUCAAGCUGGAGCCUGGCUUUUCCCCAGAAUACAUUUACCUCCACAAAGAGUUCCUUGUAUAAUGUCCCCAUCUGGUAUUAAGUGCACUUUAAAGAAAGGGCCAGGGCAGAUUUUCCAGGGGUGGUGGAGCCCAAGGGCUUGACCCCAGCCAUUCUCAGCCCUGCACCCCCUCUCUUAUAGUUGAGUGGACUGUUGCUUUAGUUCCACAUGGCCCUUUCCUUCCACUUGGUGCUAAGGUGGUUUUCCAGGUAAAUGCACUGAUGAAGAUCACUAGCCAGUUCAAACCAAGAAUUCCAGUGCCCAGAUACCAGUUUUAUUUAGCACAAAAGACCUGGAUCUGGCUGGGUAUGGUGGUGCACACUUGUAAUCCCAGCACUUGGGAGACUGAGGCAAGAGGGUUGCAAGUUCGAGGCCAGCCUGGACUACAUAGUGAGUCCAGGGCCAGCCUACAUAGCGAGACCCUGUCUCAAAAAAUAAAUAAAUAAAUAAAUAAAUAAAUAAAUAAAUGAAUGAAUGAAUGAAAAGACCUGGAUCCUCCAACAGCAGGGCAGUUCAUCCAUCACCUGACUUCCUCUAAGUUAGGAAAGCAAGCUCAGUCUGAGUGCAGCUGGCAAAUGCUGGACAUCAUACCCUGUGAUGCCUCCCAGUGAAAAAGCCCUACUUUCUUUACCUGUUGAGUCCUUUUUGGAAGUUAAGGAGAAAAAACAAGGGAAAAAUACCAGAGGGGUGUGGAAUAAAUCCAAAGUAGUAAUUUUCAAAUACUUAAAAUAAAUAUUAUAUAGAGUCCUGAUAUAAAAUAUAACAUUGUAGACCUGGGUAGUUUGCAUUUUCUUUUUCUGGUGGAAUAUGCUUCAUUAGUUAAGGAUCCUGUGAAGAGUCCAAAGACACCUUGAGGGUUCUACAGAAUAGUUUGACAAUCACUGCUCUGAGGAAGGAGGUCCAGUCUGGCUGUCCUACAUCGGCAACUCACAGGAUAGAGGAUUGGGGUGGUACAGAUGAACCGUGCUCAGACCCAUUGGCGAAUAAGGAAGACACCAG